CAAAUAUGACAGAUACACGCUACUAGCAGUAAAAGAGGAAAACAAAUGAAGCAAGAGCUAACACCUGUCGCUUGCUCUUUAGGGAUCGACUAAUGCUCUUACUGAUUCACUCUGGCGAGAGGCUGCAGCUGCUAACUGUCAGCAUCAUGUUACAUUUUCACCUAUAAACCCAGAAGUUUGCCCUAGCGUAGGGCAGAACAAUGCUGAAAAAAUAUUUAAUACUAGACGUCUUCAUACGAUUUUAAAUACAAAAGCUGUUGUUAAUCCUGAACAACAUGGCUCCAUCGUGCAAACCCAGCAAACCUGGUUAUCUUAGGGAUGAAGGGGACUAUUACACAGUGAAAGAAGAUCGGAAGACUCGCAAGCCACUGAUAGAGAAAAAGAGACGAGCUCGCAUUAACGAAAGCUUGCAAGAACUGAGACUGAUUCUGGCGGAUACGGAACUGCAGUCGAAAAUGGAGAAUGCGGAGGUCCUGGAGAUGACCGUGAAACGUGUCCAAAACAUACUUCGCAACAGAAAUGUUGAAACAGACAGGUUUAACCAGGAAGCGAACGAGAGGUUUGCAGCUGGCUACAUCCAGUGCAUGCAUGAGGUGCACACUUUCGUCUCAAACUGCCCCGGGAUCGACUCUGUAGUGGCCGCCGAGUUACUGAACCACCUCUUGGAGUCUAUGCCAUUGAGCGAAGACAACUUUCAGGAUUUACUGGGCGAGUUAAUGGCCGAGACUGGCUCCUCCGGCGUUUGGCCUGGGCCCGAUGAUGUGUGCCAUUUAUUGGCGUCCCCCGGAGGAGGUAUCCAGACCAGUCCCUCAGCACUGUCUCCUUUAUCCACUGCUUCCAGUGAUGACCUGUGCUCCGAUCUGGAUGAAGCGGAUUCGCCUACUGCCGGACAAAGUCCUUUGCUGCAAGAAAAGGUCGAUAAUUCUAGGACAGAUAGCACGUCCCCUGUAAUGUAUUCGAAAUCGAUCUGGAGGCCGUGGUAACUGAUUGGAUCUAAGUGAAAUAAAUUUACAGAGCUACCUAGUUUGAAUGGGACAUCGGUUCACCCGUUUUAAAAGCCAGUAGCAAGUCAUCACUACCUUCAAUGAGCAAUACUGAGUGUCUAACAAGUGCAGCAAUUAUGCGUAAUGGGGAAAUAAAUACGGUUAAAGAAACUGAACGAAAAAUAGCACUGGGAAUAACACAAAACAAUUGGCCGAUAUCCUAUAUUGAAGGUUAGCAAUUUUAGAUACUGUCAUGCAUUUCUAAUGGAACUAGCAUCUCCAGGUCAAGAUUUCUUAGUAAACAGAAACAUGAAACAGAGCGCUUCAAUAAAGCACGACGUUUAACUGAUUUUUUUUUACCUUUGUGGAGUGCAAAUAUGCUCGUGCACACAUGAAUGAACAUGUAAACAUUCUACUUGUAGUGGUAAAACAAAGUUUAAUAUUCCCUUAAAGGGAUUCACUUGGAGCUAGAAUUAUUGCUAACAGGGUCCACAGUUCCUCCCUUCAGUGAAGGAAGACAGACUGAAUUAGAUUUGUGCAAGCCAUAAACGUUAGAUGUAAAUGUUCUUAUUAAUUCUAGGGAAAUGCCUUUAGGAAACUUGUAUACCUGAUCCCUGUGCAUUUGAUCCCAGUUACAUUGGCAAUGUUAUGCUAGCACAUUAACCUGAGUUUUUUUUUAAUUGUACGUAUAUUUGUCUGUCAUGUAAUUGGAAUUUUGUUAUGUUUUGUCAUUUAAAUAAACUUUUACCACUUGUUAAAGAAUGACUAUUUACUAACUUAUAAGUACAUACUUUGCCAUCUCCUUAUGCCAUUAAACGAAGUACAGAUGGAAUGGCACCUAGCUUGCCCUAUGACAAACUCUACUAAUGCAAUUAUUUGGAUUUGAUAUUGUACAAAGCUAUUACUUAA